AUGGGGAAGCACAGGCUGCCACACCCGAGACUGACCAUGCUGCUGCUGCUGCUGCUGCUGACCCCGCCCACAGACGCCUCCGAAACAAAAAAGCCAAUCUACAUGGUGUUGGUUCCCUCCCUGCUCCACACAGGCACCCCUGAGAAGGGAUGCCUCCUCUUGAGCCAUCUAAAUGAGACAGUAUCUGUGAGUGCUUUCAUGGAGUCGGUCCAGGGAAACGAAAGCCUCUUCAGCGACCUGGUGGUUUCCAAGGACUUAUUCCAGUGUGUCUCCUUCACAGUCGCACAGUCUUUGUCCAAUGAGGUGAUGUUCCUUACUGUCCAAGUAAAAGGACCAACUCAUGAAUUCAGGAAGCGGAGCACGGUGCUGAUUAAGAAUAACGAGAGUCUCAUCUUUGUCCAGACUGACAAACCCAUCUACAAAGCAGGGCAGACAGUGAAAUUUCGUGUUGUCUCAUUGGAUGAAAAUUUUCGCCCCCUUAAUGAAUUGAUUCCUAUACUGUACGUUCAGGACCCCAAAGGAAAUCGCAUUAUACAAUGGCAGAAUUCCAAGUUAGAAGGUGGCCUCAAACAGUUUUCCUUCCCCCUCACCUCAGAGCCCGCUCUGGGCUUCUACAAGGUGGUGAUGCGGACAGAAACAGGCAGGACGGUAGAACACCCCUUCUCUGUGGAGGAAUUUGUGCUUCCCAAGUUUGAAGUGAAAGUGGAGGUGCCGGAGAUAAUCACUAUCCUGGACAAAGAGAUUAAUGUGUCUGUGUGUGGCAUAUACACCUACGGGAAGCCUGUUACGGGACAUGUGACUGUGAACAUUUGUAGAAAGUACAGUCAUCCUUCUACCUGCUUUGGUGAAGAGUCAUUGGCUUUCUGUGAGAAAUUCUGUCACCAGCUAGACAGCCAGGGCUGCUUCUUGAAGCUACUGGAAACCAAGAAUUUCCAACUAAAGAGGCAAGAGUAUGAGAUGCAGCUUGAAGUGAACACCAAGAUCAAAGACGAAGAAACAGGUUUGGAAGCAACUGGAAAAGGGUCCAUUAAAGUCACAAGAACCUUAACCAAUCUGACAUUUGUGAACAUGGAUUCAUAUUUCAGACAAGGGAUCCCAUUUGAUGGACAGGUGCUCUUUAUAGAUGGGAAAGGCAACCCUAUCCCACACGAAACGAUCCUCAUCGAAGCAAAUGAAGCAAACUAUCACAUAAAUGCUACCACUGAUAAGAACGGCCUGGUGCAGUUCUCCAUUGACACCAGAGGCGUUAUGGGUGCCUCCCUCACUAUCAGGGCCAAAUACAAGGAUAACCAUAUCUGUUAUGGAUUCAGAUGGUUGACAGGAGAGAAUGUGGAGGCACGGUACACCGCCAACGCAGUUUUCUCGCCAAGCAAAAGCUUUGUGCGCCUGGAACCCGUGGCUACUAAACUGUCCUGUGACACUACACUGCAGGUCCAGACGCAUUAUAUUCUCAACGGAGAGGCAGUGCAGGAGCUGAAGGAGCUGAUCUUCCAUUACCUGAUAAUGUCAAAGGGAGGCAUUAUCAGAUCGGGGACUCACGAGCUGCCUGUGGUGCAAGGAGAGACGAAAGGCCAUUUCUCCAUUCUCAUCUCCGUGGAUCCAGACCUCGCCCCUGUGGCUCGACUACUCCUUUAUAUCAUUCUGCCUGAUGGCGAAGUAGUUGCAGAUACCGUCAAAUAUGAGAUCGGGGACUGUCUGUUCAACAAGGUGAAUAUGAGCUUCAGUACAAAGAAAGGUCUUCCAGGCACUCGUACCUUCCUUAGUGUUACAGCUUCUCCGCAUUCCCUCUGUGCUCUGCGAGCUGUGGACCAAAGUGUGCCGCUUACGAAGCCCGAGGCUGAGCUCUCUGCAUCCUUGGUUUAUGAUCUGCUCCCAGUGAAAGACCUCACUGGCUUCCCUGAGGGUGCAGAUCUGGAGGAAGAAGACAGCAAAGACUGUAUUAAGAAAAACAGCUUGUACGUUAACGGCAUCUUGUAUUCGCCAGUGUUGCAUACAAAUGAAGCAGACAUGUAUGGCCUCCUAAAGGAUAUGGGGUUGAAGGUAUUCACCAAUUCAGAUAUCCGUAAACCUAAAGUCUGUGGACAGAACAAAGGCGGAAAAAGAGUACCAGCUGCUUACCGAUUCUUAAGCCAAAGCCCCAUGGAGGACUUUCUAGAGGCUUCUCAGUCUCCCAUGGAGACUAUACGGAAAUACUUCCCUGAGACGUGGAUCUGGGACUUGGUGGUCUUGGACUCCACAGGAAGGGGUGAAAAGGAAGUGAUAACACCUGGCGCCAUCACUGAGUGGAAGGCUGGAGCCUUCUGCUUGUCCAAUGACACUGGACUUGGCCUCUCUCCUGUGGUAUCUUUCCGAGCCUUCCAGCCCUUCUUCGUGACGCUCACGAUGCCCUACUCUGUGAUCCGUGGAGAAACCUUCACACUCAAGGCCACUGUGCUGAAUUUCCUCCGAAAGUGCAUCCGGGUUGCUGUGCACCUGGAGGCUUCUCCAAAUUACCUAACUGCCCCGAUGGAGAGGAGACAAAGGUCUCACUGCAUCUGUAUGAAGCAGCGUCAAACUGUGUCCUGGAUAGUAACCCCUAAGACAUUAGGAUAUGUGAGUUUCAUUGUGAGUACAGAGGCACUCAACUCUCAGGAGCUCUGUGGGAAUGAAGUCCCAAAGGUCCCUGAAACUGGAAAGAAAGACACAAUCAUCAAGUCCCUGUUGGUGGAAGCUGAAGGUCUAGAGAAUGAAGUGACAAUCAACAGUCUGCACUGUCCAAUGGAUACAAAAAUACUUGAACAGAACAAAUUGGUACUGAAGCAGCCAGAUGUAAUCUUAAAUUUCAUUAUUUCCCACCUCUCCCAUUCUCUAGGAGACAUAUUGGGUUCUGCCAUGCAAAACACACAGAAUCUCCUUAACAUGCCCUAUGGCUGUGGAGAACAGAAUAUGGUCCUGUUUGCUCCUAUCGUCUACAUCCUGGAUUAUCUGAACAAAACCCGGCAGCUGACCCAGGAGAUCAAGAACAAGGCCGUUGACUACCUCAGUAUGGGGUACCAAAGACAGUUAAACUACAAGUACCAGGAUGGUUCCUACAGCACCUUCGGGGAUAAACCUGGAGGGAAUACUGCUAAUACUUGGCUCACAGCCUUUGUACUGAAGAGUUUUGCUCAGGCUCGAAAAUAUAUCUUCAUCCAAGAAGCACACAUCACCCAAGCCCUCCUCUGGCUCACCCACCAGCAGAAGGACAAUGGCUGUUUCAGGAGCUCCGGGUCCCUGCUCAAUAAUGUGAUAAAGGGAGGAGUAGACGAUGAGGUCACCGUGUCUGCCUAUAUCACCAUUGCUUUCCUGGAGAUGUCUCUCCCUGUCACUCAUAAUGUUAUCCGCAAUGCCCUCUUUUGCCUGGACACAGCCUGGAAGUCAAGAAAGGAAGGAGCCCACGACAACCAUGUCUACACUAAGGCGCUGUUGGCCUAUGCAUUUGCCCUUGCUGGGGACCAUGCCAUGAGGAAAGAGAUCCUGAAAUCACUAGAUGGGGAAUCUGUAAAAGAAGACACUUCCAUCCACUGGACAAAAUGUCAGAAACCCACAGUGCCAGUGAGUGUUUGGCACCAACCCCAGGCUUCCUCUGUUGAGAUAGAGAUGACUGCCUACGUGCUCCUUGCCUAUCUCACCAACCAGCCUGCUCCAACCAAAGAGGAUCUGACUGCUGCGAUGCUCAUUGUCAAGUGGCUCAUAAAGCAGCAGAAUUCCCUUGGUGGCUUCUCCUCCACUCAGGACACCGCGGUGGCUCUCCAUGCUUUGUCCAAAUAUGCGUCAGUUACUUUCGUAAGAACUAAGAAAGCUGCAGAUGUGACCAUCUAUUCUUUGGAUUCGUUUUCUGCAAAAUUCCAAGUGAACAAUGACAACAAAUUAUUACUGCAAAAUGUCAAGUUGCCAGCUGUGCCCGGGGAUUACACUGCAAUCGUGUCAGGAAAAGGAUGUGUGUACCUCCAGACGUCCUUGAAAUACAAUGUCAUCCCAGAAGAGAUGGCAUUCCCAUUUGCUUUAGUGGUACAGACUCUGCCUCAGAAUUGUAAUGAUCGAAAAGCUCACACCAGCUUUCAGAUCUCACUUAACAUCAGUUACACAGGGAGCCGCCCAGCAUCCAACAUGGUGAUUGUUGAUGUGAAGAUGGUGUCUGGUUUCAUCCCCUUGAAGCUAACAUUGAAGACGUUUGAAAGCUCUAUGUAUGUGAGCCGGACAGACAUCAACAAUAACCAUGUCUUCAUUUACUUGGAGAAGGUGUCAAAUCAGACCAUAAACUUGACCUUCACAGUUAAGCAAGACAUUCCAGUAAGAGAACUGAAGCCAGCCAUAGUGAAAGUUUAUGAUUACUACGAGAAAGAUGAGUUUGCACUCGCUGAGUACAGUGCUCCUUGCAGUGAAGGUAAACAGUUCACCCUCCUUUAA